AUGAACUAUAAUUGUCUAAAUUAAAUUGAAGAAAAUAUAGAAAGUAUUAAAAAAAAUGAGAUUGAAGAAAGUAAAUCAAAUUCUUAUUUUAGUUUUUCCUUUGAUUCAAUUAGAAAAAGUUUCUGAAGCGAUUGAAAAAUUUAAGUAAAUAUUAGAAAUAUCCAAUCAAGAAGUGAUUUAUAACUAUUUAAGUAAAUCUCAUUUUUGAUAUUGUUAGAAGGCAUUAUAGAAAGAUAAAAGUUUUGUGAUAAAAUAUUUGAAUUUUAUGAUUGUGCAAUCUAAAAAUAUCCUUCUCAAUAUCAAUUUUUGUAAUUAAAAGGUAAUAUGAUUAAUUAUUACAUGAUAGCAUUAGCAAUAUCUAAAUUUAAAAAUGUUAAUGACUCUUUAGAUUUUUGUGAUGACAUAAUUUCUAUGUAUCCAUAAUAAAUAGAUACCUAUAUUAUAAAAUGUACCAAUAUAUAUAAUUAAAUUAAGCAAAUGCUUUAAAAAAACUUGGGAGAUUACAAGAAAAUAUAGAAAUGUGGAAUUAAUUUACUUCUUCGUAUCCGGAAUUUGUUGAAGGCUAUAAUUAAUUAAGUUUUAAUUUAUAAACAUUCAUUAGCUUAAGCAUUAGAGGCAGAUUAUAAUUACGAAUAACUGAUAUAAGUUUGUGAUAAAGCUAUAAAACAUUUUCCAGAGUUACUUGUAUUUUAACAAAAAAAAGGUAAAAAAAAUUUCAAAUUAAUUAGCUUAAUAUCUAAUUCAAACAAAAUCUUUUCUUUCAGCCAUACAAAUUCUUGAUGAAUUAAUUUAAAAAAAUAAGAAAGAAGCUAAAUAUUAUAAAUUGAAAAGUUUUUAUAAAUCAAAAUCAUGUUAGUAAAAGCAAUGACAAAAUACAAGUAGAACUUAUUAAAGUAAUAUGAUGAGAGUAAUCAAGAAUCAAAGUUUAAAAUCCUUUAUGGUAACUAUAUUAAUUUUGAAAUCAAGAUUAAACAAAUGAAUAAAUUAGAUAAUGUUAUAAUGAAGGAAUUUUAGAAACUGAUGAAGAAACUUUAUAACGUUUUAGAAGUAAUUAUUUAAUGAUAAUUUAGUUGACUUUUUACUUGAAAUUAAUGAAAAACAAGAAGCUAUUUAUUUUACUGAUAAAUAUAUUGAGAAAUACCCAAAAAAUGUUGAAGGAUAUUAAUACAAAGGUAUGAAAGUAAUUAUUUAGCAAAUAUCUUAUUUGAAGAGAAAAAAUUUGAGUAAAUUAUUGAGUUAUAUGAUCAAGCCAUUUUUCAUUCUCCUACUAAUUUUUAGUUGUAAUAUGAAAAAGGUUGAUUUAGAUAAUUAUAUCUUUAGCAUUAUAUCUAGAAAAAUAGGAAAGAUGGGUUGAUGCAUUAAAAUGUAUUAAUUUAGCUUUAAAAAUAUCUCCUUAAUCACUUCAUUUGUAUUUAUAAAAAUGUACUUAUAAAUAUCUAUUUUUAGUUCAAUCAUUAGCAUAAUUAAAUCAUUUUAAGAAAGCCAGACAAUGUUGUAGAAUGAUUCCUAAUUUAUAUUAUGAUACUGACCAAGAAAUGGCUUAAUGCGAUUUUUGA